AUGGCUACUGAAAACCUUGACUCCGUGCCAACAGUCACUAUCAUCGGCGCAGGGCCAUGUGGCUGCGCCUUUGCGGCCGAUUUAGCAAGCCGUGGAAAGUCAGUCAUGCUAUACGCUCAUCCCGAUCAUCGUGGCGGGACGGAUAUGAUUGAAAAGAACAAUGGCUGGUUGAACGCAGCUGGAGAGAUCAGUGGGAAGUUCCAAAUCAAAACAACCAGUGACCUCUAUAUUGCCAUUCGACACUCUCCUUUCAUCGUGACCACAGUCCCCUCAUAUGGACAAGACACCAUCCUGACGUUGCUGAGUCAAUUCGACCUGCGAAACCAUACCCUCAUCAUCAACGUGGGCAAUUUCUUCUACCUCUCCGCCCGCUCGAAGAUCAACGCCCAUGCAAUCCUCGAGACUGACAUCUCCCCUUACGCCACUCGCAUCCAGGGUGACACGGUAUUCGUUAAGGGUUGCAAGAAGUCUCUGUCAAUCUGGGCCGAGCCACCGAACACCACACAGGUCGAGCGACUUGACCCACAGGCGGAGCUCGGCCUCCGACACAAGGUAGAGAAGCUAGUGUGGUGUCAGAAUCUGCUCGAGGUUGGGCUGAACAAUGUCAACCCAGUCGUGCAUUGCCCUGCGGCACUCAUGAAUGCGGGCUGGAUUGAGGCUACCAAGGGCGAUUUCUACUUCUAUGCCCAGGGAAUGUCGCCCGCUGUCUCCCGUGUGACUGAAAAGGUGGACAAGGAGCGCCUGGCAAUUUCCGAUGCAUAUGGGCUCAAGAUCACACCUAUCACGGCGUACAUGAACCAGAACUAUAACAAUGAUCGGGAAUACUCGGACUACCACGACUUUGCUUCAGGCUCCGUGGUACACAACAAAACCAAGAGCUCCCCGUCCUCUCUCAAUCAUCGCUAUUUAUUGGAAGAUGUUCUCUAUGGCUUGGUACCCUGGUACGAGCUUGGUCUGAAGUGUGGUUUGGCUUCGCCAACCAUCAGAGCACUUAUCGAAAUGGCCGCAGUUGUUAGCGGCUUUGACUACUUUGAGCACGGAAGGACCUUGAAGUCUGCUGGACUUGGUGAUGCCACUAAAGAUCAAGUCCUUCAUGCCUUGGGUGGACCAGUGGAUAGUACUAGUGCUCACGCACCCAUUUCAGACUCGCCUAUUGGCAAUAGGCUGGAGUUGCAUGCUCCACUACAGACGGCCCAAGUCGUGGCGUGA